AACCUAAAAAAUUUAGCUGAAAUCCUGUGUUCUCUGUUCUGAAAGAUAGAUAGCCUGUGUGCUUUCUGCUUUGUGGCAAAUCUAUUUUGCGCGAUAAUCUAUUAUUUCUGUGAAUAUGUAAAAAUAAUUAUAAUAAGAAGAAGCCCAGAGGGACAACAACACCAAAAAAAUGAAGUUGAAAGUGCUUAUUUUUAAAGCAAAUCCAGGAGAUACUGAAAGAAGUAACAAGGAUAUUUAUCAGCAAAAACUUGAGGAUCUUGGUUUUGAAUCUGAAAUUAUAAAUGUCAUUCAGUUUAAUUACAAAAAUCUAGAUGUUCUGAAAUCGAAAUUCAUUCAACCAAACAAAUAUUCUGCAAUAGUUUUCUCAAGUCCGAGAUGUGUGAAAGCAGUAGCAAACGCAGCCGCCGAUCUGCCAGAGGCCGACCAAUGGGAGAGCGUGCCUUGUUUUGCAGUAGGUGAAGCCACCGCUCGAUUGGUCAAAGAAAUGCUGGCUUGGAACGCACUGGGAGCCGAGACUGGUUCUGCUGAAGUUCUGGCUCCGUUAAUACUCAAAAGCGACUUGAGCAAGCCAGUCCUGAUGCCAGUUGGAAAUUUGAGUCGUGAAACCAUUUGCAAUGCGUUGCAAAGCAAUGGUGUAGUGGUCGAUGCUGUACAGGUCUAUGAGACGGCUCCUCAUUCCGACCUGAGAGGUUCUAUUGAAAGCCUGGCACUGUGUGAUUACAAUGCUAUGGCUUUCUUCAGUCCUUCCGGCGUUAAUUCAUCAGUGCCUAUUCUACGUGAUCUACGCGUGGAUCUGGAUAGAAUAAAGUUUGUGGCAAUUGGACCUACCACUGAGAGAGCAUUGUUGGACCAUGGUUUAAGUGUGAGUGCAACAGCUUCCAAACCAACUCCAGAGGCAUUGGCUCAAGCUGUCUCUUCUGUUUUCGCUGACUAGUCAUUUUUAUCUUAGGCAAAAUGAGUUGAGCGAUUGAAGAUGGUGCAUUGAGAUGGUCCUAGGGAAAUCAAUAAUACUUUGAUACAUUAAACUUCGCAAAGCUGCCUGCAUCAAACUUGACAAUGCUCCUCCGAUUAGUAACUUCACUCCAAAAGGUGUCACAACUAAAAAUGCAGCGCAUUCAUCAUAAUCGUGGAAUCAGCAUCCAAGUAUUGUCACGUUCCGAAGAUGACUUGUCCUAAGCCCAAUACACCACUGUUAUUAUAUUAUCAGAGUGACUGAAAAUUGGGACAGAGGUCAACAGUCAACAUGGCUUGGAUUCAACUGAUGGCAUCAUUUGAUCAACUCUUCUGCAAUCAAAUUUUCAAUUACACUAUUUCUGCGAAAAGACUGAAUUAUCUGGUAGCAAGGUGCAUAGAUAUGGAGGUACAUUGAAAUUUAACUUCUCUCUUUUGAUUAUUAAUUUAUUAUUCUUGAUAGUACUGGACCUGCAAAAUAGAAAAUCAGCUGAGACCGCACGCUGAAAGUGCGUUUUACUUUAUGCGACCUCGGCCAAUGACCGAGAAAGAAAACCUUUGGGUUUUAAGGGAGUGUUCACGCGUUGUCAGGUUUCAAAUCUGUGAACACUCUGAUAAGAAUCAAUUCUUUUUCUCGGUUAUCGGCGAAACGAAAACGUGCGAAUAUGGAGGGCAUAAAAAUUCUAUUCUGAUUCCUUUGUACAGGAUUUUCAGAUUUUAGAUGAUCAGGAUCCAAGUUUAUUUUUAGUAGUAUUCUACCAAUUCUUAUUUAUCUCUUGCACUCGUCAAUCCCUAUUAUUUUAUCUUAAGCUGGGUUUAAACCAAAAAUCAACUACCAUAUUUAUAAA